AUGGCGCGGCCCGGGCCCGGCCGGCUGGCGCUGGGGCUGGGGCUGGGGCUGGCGCUGGGCGCCGGCCUGGGCCUGCUCUGGGUGCUGCGGCGGCGGCGGCGCGGCGGGCGGCCCUGGCGGCGGGGCAGCGGUCGGCAGGCGGAGGCCGCGGGGCGCCGGAGCCAGGUCGUGCCCAGAGUGCCGGUUCCUGUCGAGGCGGGAGAUGGUGCAAUGUCCACACCUCUCCUGACGCAGGGCGAGGCCGUGGAUGUGCUGGAGCGCCUCGAUUUCGUGUUGAGAAACAUUUCAGAGCUAAGAAAAGAAGUGGAGGAGCUACGAAACAGCCUGCAGCACUUAGCCGCAGAAAUCGUUGGCGAAGUCAGGUCCCAUCUGGAGGAAACCCAGAAAGUAACUCGCCGGAGGCGGUUCCCGUUUCCUAGAGAAAGAAGCGAUUCCACAGGCUCCAGUUCAAUUUAUUUCACAGCCAGCUCAGGAACAGCCAACACGGACGAUGGAGAAAGUGAAGGAGGGUACACCACAGCCAAUGCUGAGUCUGAUUACGACCGGGAGUCCGAGAGAGAGAGCGAAGAAGGGGAAGAUGAAGUGAGCUGUGAAACAGUGAGAACUGCGCGACGGGAUUCCCUGGAUCUCAUCAACGAGGAUGAAACGCAUUUAAUCUUGGAUUCCUCGCUAGAGGAAGGACUGGAGCAGCUACUGCAGCAGGCUGACCGCUUGCACGACGGAGAUGAGCAGGAGAAGAGAGAGGGAUUCCAGCUGCUGCUGAAUAAUAAACUGGCGUAUGCAGACCAGAAGGACUUUCUUUGGCGCCUGGCCCGAGCACAUAGCGAUAUGUGCGAAAUCACAGAAGAUCCAGAUGAGAAGAGAUCGUACGCAUCUGACGGGAAAGAAGAGAUAGAAAUUGCCUUACAGAAAUGGGAUCAAAGUGCUGAGUGCCAUCAAUGGUACGCUAUUCUUUGUGGGCAGUUAUCAGAACAUGAGAGUAUUCAGAAGCGCAUUCAAACUGGAUAUGUUUUUAAGGAACACAUUGAUAAAGCGAUUGAACUGAAACCAGAGGAUCCGAAGUCUUACUAUCUUUUGGGCAGGUGGUGUUACCAGGUUUCCCACCUGGGAUGGCUUGAAAAAAAGACUGCUUCUGCUUUGUUUGAAGCCCCCCCGACAGCCACUGUACAGGAUGCACUGCAAAACUUCCUACGGGUUGAGGAACUGAGCCCAGGAUUUUCCAAAGCAGGGAGAGUAUACAUUGCCAAGUGUUACAGGGACCUGGGGAACAACUCUGCAGCUGUUCUCUGGACGAAUCUUGCUUCAGAGCUGCCAGUUAAUACAAAAGAGGAUGCAGAAAGUGAGAGAGAACUUGAAGAGAUGCAGUCAGUCUGGGAAGAAUAAAUAUAUACAGGCUCAUUCCACUUGAUACUGCACAGACAGUAAAAUUCCAGUUAAAGGGGUUUCAUGAUCCUGAGAACUUUGAUUGCACUUCAUGGAUAAGCCACAAGAGUUUGCAGGAAAAAACACACAGCAGUCUCAUCAGCACAUCCAGGAGAAGAUCUUGGUGGGAUUUAAUCGGAUAAAAUUUUGUAUUAUUUUCCUUCUUACAGCACUGCAUAUGUUUGAUUUUAAAAUUCUUAAAAAAUGUCAAAUUCCUAAAAAUGGGGGGGGGGUGCAUAGGUAGAAUUUGUGAUAUAAAAAUAUUUGUGAUUAUAUAUAUCUCUCUCAUAGAUAUAUGUGAGAUACAUAUACUUUGUGAUAUAAAAAUAUACACACAGACAGAUACAUAUUUAUAUACACGCAUACCUAUUUAUAUCACAGACUCUACCUAUCUAAGAGCCUGGACUUCAGGCCCGCUUGCUGGUGAGCUCUCUCAGCUGAUUCCUGAGAAAGUCUUCAGCCAAAUUUUUUUUCAGAUUAACUGUUUUCUCUUUUCCAUAAUAAUGUGUAUUAAUUGAAUCAGUUGAAAUAACUGAUUACAUGCCUUUCAUAGACGUUUAAGUGAGAUAAAAUUUCGAGCCACUGUGCUCGGCGGUCAGCGUGCCGCUGAUUUUUACCAGCGUGAUGCGCUGGAGGCAGCGGAUGUUCUCACUGCCCUCCGCCGCUUGAUUCCAAUGGGCCCUGAAACUGUGACUUAAGAAAAGACAAUCUAAAAAACGAUGACAAGAAUGACUUAAAAUAAGCGAGUUGUCAGCCCUUUCUUCCUUGCUGUGAGAAAAUUGAUGGUGGUGUCCAAAACACGCUCUUGUUGGUCCAUUCCAACUAUGCCUCAGCUACCUGACUGGUGUUUCACGGAGGGGAAACCAGCACUGCUCGCUGCGGUGAGUUAUUGCCAGGGGACCGAGGAGGUUCCCUUCACAAUACAAACUUUAUUUUUAAGAUGCGCGUUGCUUUUGUCAGAGAAGUGAGUACUGAGAUUUUAAACUUCAGGACUUCCUCCCAGUGGCGUUACUCCCUUCACUCACAUGAGAUUGAAAACUUGGGUCCCUCUAAACUACGCUGCUAUGGUUUAGAUGUAAAAACAGUUUGGAAAGUAGUUAUUAAUCAAUGCAACACUGGUUACAGGAACAGGAAUAUUCUGUGGCAAAGCCGAUGCUGCCCUGUAAUGUUCUUCUACCAGUUCUUCUUGCCUCGUUAGGCGACGCCGAGGAGGUGAAGCUGACAACUGACACUCUCCAACAGCUUCUGGGAACCAAACAGAAAAAGCAAACUCUGCUGUACACUGACGCAAAUGGCGAAGCAAAAACCGCGUUCAAAAAUUUCCCCAAAUAUUUAGCAAGGCUUUCUUGAUAUCCCUUCAAAUUUCAGCUGGCAGCUAACCGGCCGCUUACUUUUUAACAUUUGUUACGCCUUGCCAUGGUGUAAAGUGUUUGUCAAGUGUAAAGUAAAAAAGUGCAAGAGUAAAACAUUUCUUAAUCACCUUUUCAGUCCCUUCCAUGUGUGUGUUAAACUGAUGGGGUUUUUACUUUGUGAAAAUGACACUGAAGGGGAAAUGUGUAGCAAACUCGAGCUUAAAAACUUCCCAUUUUAUAGAUUUGGCACUUUUAAGCUUCUUUCCCCUGCCCCCCAAAUUAAACUCUCUAAAAUUUUGGUGCUGAACUCAUCUCAUGAGAUCCAGGCAAGCGUGCAAUUACCUUUAUUUGCGAUAAAAUUUGAUACUUAUAGAUGGGGAACUGAAUCCUGACAGGCUAAAGUUGAUCCCUGUCUUUUUGUGCAGAGCUCCCCUCACCAUGAGCGGGCGCUUGAUCUGCAGCUGUGGGGCUUUUUUAUACUUAACGUACGCUCUUCUUUCAGUUCUUCGGUGGAGUGAUGAAGCUGCCUUUUUUUACUUGGUGUGAAUCUCUUGUUUUGAGUAUUUCCCAGUGGAUGACCAUUUUCUUCUCCUAAACGUCCAAUCUUUAAAUAAUUGCACAAGUUUUUCAGCUAUUUUCUUUUUGUUUGCUUAAGCCAUGUUGGGAAAUCCUCAGCAGUGAUAUCCAAAAGAUGACGAUCAGCAACUUGAUUCUUUUGUGGAGGAUUUGCAGGGCUUUCUUCUGGAGAGAAAUGGUAACAGCUCUCAAAACAGUCGUGUAAUUCACUGUACUUGCAUUGCCUUUCCCUGCCGGCAAGUCCCAGGGUGGCAUUAA